GCAUCUUGGACGGUUGCUUCUUUUGUUUUUGUUUUUCGUAAUUUUGUUUAGAAAAGGUUAAUGAUGUUGUCUGUGUAGCAGUACCUUCAUAGCCUCAUAUUAUCAUCUACAAUGCAUCAUUGACUGAUUUUUUUUAGUUUUUGUUUUUGGGUCUUUGAGCUUUGGGUAGCUGUUUCCUGAGUACAAUAUAAAAAAGUUCCCUUUUAUGGAAAUGGGAUCUGCUUUUUCCCAACUCAAAAAAAUAAGAAUAAAACUGAUUAUUGGAACCUAUAAUAACAGUAACAAUAUGCUAAUAGUCUGAUUCCUCUGGAAAAGGAACUCAUGGAGGUCAUGAUUUCUCCUACACUGCUUGUUGUCUCAUCUGCCCAAAUGCCAUAAACAAUUCCAAAAUUAGUCAUGUUUGUCUUUCUGUUGUGGCCUGGUUCUGACCUGAAUUUACUUCUUGCGAUUCAAAGAGAGGAAUGGAGGGUGACACAUUCUCUGGCCUUGGCAAUGGUGCUCAAAUUGAUGCCAACAUCAUGCAGACAUUUCACAAGAGCUUUGUUCAAGUUCAGAGCAUCUUUGAUCAGAACAGGCUACUCAUCAAUGAGAUAAACCAGAACCACGAGUCCAAGGUCCCUGAUAACCUCACCAGGAAUGUAGGUCUCAUUAGGGAGCUCAACAACAAUAUCAGAAGAGUGUAUGACCUAUAUGCUGAUCUUUCAAGUUCCUUUACCAAAUCCAUGGAAGUUACUUCAGAGGGGGAUUCCAGUGGUGGUGUGAAAUCAGAUGGGAAGGCAGGCCACAAGAGACACAGGCCUGUGUAGAAACUUUGUUUCCCUGUGAUUCUUUUGCUUGAUGGAGAAGUACAAGAAGUGUUGAAGGGUAGAACACAAGGUUAGAAGAUUCAGUAGUUGAAGAAGCUCUAUUGUGUUACAGGACUGCUAGCACAUCACUUGUUCCUUAUAUUCCAAAUAAAAAAUUAUAUAUUGAUUUUUAUCUACAAUUCUCUCAUUGUAAUUUGUAACCAUGUAAUUUGGGAUCUAAUAGAAAUCUAGCAUGAUUGUGCAACUAAUUCAAUCAUGCUACUGUUGUUUAAAGUGGAAAUAAGAGAGUCUUUCAUUUUUUUAACUCUUUUUUUUUUCUUUGAUCCUGUCAUGGUAAUGUAAUUUAGUGAUGAGCUUGAUUUUAUGAGCCUAUGAGGUAUACCUUUCAGCUUCCGUUAACUUUUUCUCUCUGUCAAAUGGAGCAAGAGGGUCUUCUUAAAUCUUUGUUCAUCAUUCCUUUUGAUGGGAACCUGUCAUCAUACCUUUAUUCCCUUUGCAAGUUCAACCCAAAAUGUUGAUCCAGUUCUCACUUUGGCUAAUAGCUGAAAUUGAGAACCGGUGGUAGAUACUGUUUUAGGUUCAUUCCCAUGUAACCACAGCUUCUUUACUGAAAAAUACUGUUCCUGAUUUUAAUA